UUCAGAUUAGAUAAUUUGUUUUAUAAUACAAUGGAUUACAUUACUAAUUACAAAAAAUAGUACCUAUAUUUAGUAAUGGAUUACAUUUCAAUACCAGCUGUGACAAUCUGUCUAUUUUUAUUUUUAAUUUUUGUGGGGCUUUUUAUUGCCUUUACUUGAUAGUGACAGUUGCAGAUAGACAGGAAAGGGGGGCAGUGAGAGGUGAUGACACGCAGCAAAGGGCUGCAGGUCAGAUUUGAACCCUAGGCUGCUGCAGCAAGGACUCAGCCUCAGUACAUGGGACGCCAUCUCUACCAACCGAGCUAACCAAUCUGUCUGUCUUUAAACAAAAGGGAAGUGAAACAAUGAAGGGCAGCUGUCAACAAUGACAGUCAGAUGCAGUUCAUUUUUUUACUUUAAGCCAUAUCACAUAGUGGAAUAUCAUAGUGAUAGUGUGGCAAGUGUUGGUCAAUGCUGGCAGAUGUCUUGAUGAAUAACUAAAUGAUGUGUGUUUGUGGCUUGUUACCCCGCACUUUAACCCGGUUUCCAUAUUUGACCUACAUAGAGGAGUAAGCCUACACCACAACAUAAGUAAACAUUUGAUGUGAUUGGCUAAAAUGUGUAGUUUUACUUUAAAUGCUACACUAGGUGUGUUUUGUGAGUAUCCAGGGUUGUGGGUGUGUGUAUGCACUGAGUUGUAAAAUGGGUUUCUACACAGGUGUUGGGAUAACGCAGUCAUAUGUGUAGGAGUAUCGUUCCAGGCUCUAGCUUCUUUAAAUCUCACUCUCAAUGUCAGUGACAUCACUGGAGUUUCCCUCCAACUGCUUUUUAAAAGAGUGUCACUGAGUGUCAGUCAACAAACCAGAGCGGCACCAGAAGCAGACAGAAGGCUUGACUUGAAGAGAUAAAAAUAACUAAUUCAAAACAAUGGAGGGUGAAUGCAAGGUACAGCUGGACGUCACUGCCGACACAGAAGCCAGGACAACACAGAGUGUCAAACCCAACUCAAAGCUAACCACUUCCCUGCUGGUGUUCACACUCUGCCUCGCUGCUACUGCUGCUGCUGUCCUCAUCUGUAACAGGCACGCCAAGGGCCCAGGAAAAGAUGGAGACAAUUUCAGUCACACACUGAGGCAAAUUUCACAUGUAAGAGCAGCCAUUCAUCUACAAGGAGAAUACAACCCUGACAUGAGGACCUCAGUGGAAUGGAAGAAUCAGGUGGACCAGUCCCACUCUCAAGGAGGGCUGGUACUUGACAAUAAUGAAAUUGUGAUUCCUCAAAACGGCCUCUACUUCGUUUACAGCCAAGCAUCUUUCCGGGUCAGCUGCACCACCGACGCUGAUGACGCCACCUCAAGGCCCAUGGUCCAUCUGAGCCACACUGUGAAGCGUUGGUCCCGCUCAUAUGGUAAUGAUGACGAAAGGAAGACCUACGAGACCAUCCUGCACUCUGUCCGCACUGCCUGCCAAAAGACAGCCAGCAGCGAUCCAGAUCAGGAGGGGAGCUGGUUCUCCGCUGUGUAUAUGGGGGCUGUGUUCAACCUGAGCAGAGGGGACAGACUGCAGACAGUGAUGGAGGAGAAGAUGUUGCCAUACCUGGAGGACGAGCCAGGGAAGACUUUCUUUGGUGUGUUUGCCUUGUGAGAUGGGUUAGGGUUAGGGUUAUGGUUAAGGGCAACAGUUAAAGAUAUGAAUGAAUGUACAAGAAGAAAAGCAGGCUACAUGGUGGCUCCACUGUGAAGACUGCAGCCCACUGCCCCCACCUGAACUCACACACACUGACGAAUGUUAAGUGCCCACAGAGGGUUGACACUGCACUGAACAGUCAAUGCAACGUUUAGUUUAGACUUUACAAACUGACACCCAAACUUUAUGUGGCUUCAGUAGUAAUAGUAAAGUCAUUUAAAGUUUGCUGUAGUUAUGUUAACUACAGCAGAGAACAAAAGUUAUGAAGCAAUGUAUUACCAUAGAUAAGGCUAUGGUUCUAUAAUGUUAUGUACUAUGUACUGCCAUCUUAAUGUCAAUACCUUUUGCUGUACUGCGAUGCUAAAUCUCUACUGUCUUUGACAUUUGUACGAAUAAUAUUGCUGCAUAUUUAUUGUGUCACUACAGGCAGACAGAAGUGGAUUUUAGAGAAUGUAUUUAUUCAACAUAACAUGAUCAUAUUUAUUUUAUUUAUUGAAUUAUUUAUUUGUAUGUGUAUGUUUCCAUGUGUUUUUUCUAAUGAAAGCCAUAAAUAUUGGAUUUAUGCAUAAUUUAUGAAAUUAUUUAUUGAUUCUUUGAUGAACUGUUUGUCAAUGUGAUUUUUUAAAAUUGAUUUUAGUGCCUUUGGCACUGUAAAACUGUUUGAAUAAAACAUCCAUUUGAAAAGA